AUGGCCCUAACCUGGGGAAAUGAAUCAGCUGGCCUGAAGGCAGAUGGACAUCACUCUAUUCUGGAAGUGGUCACAGCCUGGAAUGCUGUAGACCUGGUGGCCGACAGGGAGAUUGUAUUUCAUUGCAACAUCUAUGACCUGGAUUUUGGUAAUGAUGGCAAGUUAGAUCCACCUUGUGAAGAAGCUAGAAAAGCAGUGUUAAAUGCUUAA